UCUUUCUUUCCUUCUCCUUCCCAAACCGAACCAGCAGCUUCUCAAAGAAAAACAGAGGGAAGAAGGGGUGGGGUUGGCGGUGGUCGGUGACCAAGGCGAUCGGGAGUGGUGGCGCGGCAGCGGCGACGACGGGGUGCGGCCGGCGGGUUGAUUCCGGCAGGUAUGCUUUCCGGAACUAGAGAGAUAGAGAAGAUUUGGGAGGAAGAGGGUUUGCGAGUGACGGCGGCUUGAUCGCAGCAAAUCGGUGGCUACCGGAGGUGAGGAAGAAGGGAAAGGGAAGGUAUUCGGUGGCGGAUCGAGAGGAGGGGAGGUGGGGUUUAAGAAGAAGAGGGAGGGAAGGUGGAUAAGCUUGUUCCAUCCAUGGAUAAAGCCGGAUUUCACCGGCGUAUCUCAUCCAAAUAGCUUUCGGCCGCUUCCCCUCCGACGUACGGCACCCACCGGCUGCGAGAGCGGCCUUAUCCUCAUUCGCCGCACGAGAUUGGGCAGGGGAUAAGCUUCCCCUCUUCCGAUCUCUUCUCCCCCUUUUUUUUUUUGAAAUCCUUCCAGACUUCACACUGAAUCGGAUCAGUCGGACCGGUUCUCACAGGAAUAAAAUGAGUGAAAGUUUAUUUGAUGAUCAAAGCAAUAUGAAAGCUGGUUGACACACUCCGUAAAAUUCAAGCGUAUUGUGGUAUCGCUGAAUCUUUCAAACAUCUGCAUUUUCUGUCCUGUUUUAUCCAUCAAUGAAUUACAGUUCAGAAGAAGAAUCAGAGAUAAGUGAAUCAGAGAUAGAUGACUAUGAGGAGAAAUUUUACUUGCACUUAAAGGAUGGGAAGCUCAAGGUAAAGAAUACCGACAGCAUAUACAAAUGCCCUUUCUGUGCAGGCAAAAAGAAGCAGGACUACAACUAUAAAGAUCUUCUUCAGCAUGCCAAUGGAGUGGGUACUUCUAACCGGAAGGCAAAGGUGAAGGCAAAGCACCUGGCCCUUGCAAGAUACUUGAAGAAUGACCUUGCUGAGGCUUCAAGUUCAUCAAUGCAACUGAUGAUUGUACAGCACCAUCCUUUUAAACCAAAAGAUGAAGACCAGUUUGUCUGGCCUUGGAUGGGCAUUCUAGUGAAUGUUCCAACUGAGUAUAAAAAUGGACGGUAUGUUGGUGAAAGUGGGAACAGGCUGAAGGAACAGCUAUCCAGAUUUAAUCCACUGAAGGUCCAUGCUUUGUGGAACUAUAGAGGUCACACUGGAAAUGCUAUUGUAGACUUCAACAAAGACUGGACUGGUUUCAAAGACGCAAUGGCAUUUGAAAAUUACUAUGAUGCUCAACACUUGGGUAAAAGGGACUGGAAUGAAAGAAGACACCAAGGGACCGAGAUUUAUGGAUGGGUUGCUCGUGCAGUUGAUUACAACUCAACUGGCCCGAUUGGGGAUCAUUUGCGGAAGAAUGGAGACCUGAAAACUGUCAAUGACCUUACAACAGAAGAAACACGCAAGACAGACAAACUUGUAGCUAACUUAGCAAGCCAAAUCGAGGUCAAAAACAAACACCUUCAAGAACUUGAAUGCAAAUACAAUGAAACUACGCUGUCCCUUGAUAGGAUGAUGGAGGACAGGGACAAGUUACUACGUGCUUAUAAUGAAGAAAUUCAAAAGAUGCAGUGCAUUUCUCGUGAUCAUUCACGAAGGAUAUUUGAAGAGAAUGAAAAGCUGAGGGCAGAGUUGGAUUCUAAGCGAAAAGAACUAGAUGUGAGACGCAAACAACUUGAUAAGCUGGCUGUUCAAAAUGAAAUCGAGAGAAGGAAGCUUGAUGUUGAGAAGCAAAAGAAUGCAAUGAAGGAUAGUUCUCUUCAGUUGGCUAGUAUGGAGCAGAAGAAAGCUGAUAAAAAUGUGCUGAGGCUUGUUGAAGAACAGAAGAGGGAGAAAGAGGCGGCUCUCAGAAAAAUACUCCAGCUUGAAAAGCAGUUGGAUGCAAAGCAAAAGCUUGAGUUGGAAAUACAACAGUUGAGAGGGCAGCUACAGGUCAUGAAGCACAUGGGUGGCGAGGAAGACUCGGAAGUAAAGAAAAAGGUGGAGGAAAUGAGUGAACAACUGAAGGAGAAGGUUGAAGAAAUGGAAGAUCUGGAAGUUCUGAACCAAACGUUGGUGGUCAAAGAACGUAAGAGCAAUGAUGAGCUGCAGGAAGCUCGUAAGGAGUUGAUAAGUGUAUGGGAUCUUUACCUGUAGAUUACUACCUAUAAA